AUGUCUCAUGAGAUUAGUCUUAUUUCAUACGGGACUUCUGGUGCUGAGGAUAUUCUACAGACUAAGAGAAUCACACAGCACGGGAUUGAUUACUUUUACGUCAAUGGUGAAUAUGUUUUGGUUGAUGGGAGCACUGCCGGGUGCACUUGCAGUGAAUAUUUAAUUUGCCAGCAUAUUAUUUCAGUGGCAAGGAAUGAAUAUUCAGAAGACAGAAAUAUUUUAAAAGACAUUGUACAGAAAGUUAUGAACAGGCAGAUUAAGAAUACUUAA